AGUCCCGGAUGUUGGUUGUCGAGAGAAAGGGAAAAGGCGGAGAAGCCGAAGAGGGACGCCACGGGCACAUCAGUGAGGGCACAACUGGUCUAAUCUAGGACAAACGCCAAGAGAAUAGGCACUUGAGGGACUUUCUUGUUGAAGAUCAGGUGGAAGAGGAGUGGGCAGUUACUUCAACACUUUCCUGGACAAAGGCAACGACCAUAUAUACCCAGGUCAUUGGCAGCAGAGAACUGGAAGGAGAGGCGGUGUUGGCUUUGGGGAUGACCAGUGAAAUAUGCCUGCUGGAGCAUGUGCUAUAGGUUUCACUCAGAGACAGCUAGACCGCUGAAGCCCUGAGCUGGGGGAGCCCUGUACUCAGCCUCCACUCACCUCACCUGGCCUGCAUUUCACCCAUCAACCCCCUUCUACCACCACAGACUCGCCGCAGCCCAGCCUGUCGUCACUAUGACGUCGGAGCUGGAGAGUAGUCUGACCUCCAUGGAUUGGCUGCCUCAACUGACCAUGCGGGCAGCCAUCCAGAAGGCUGAUGCCCAGGGGCACCACGGGGGGCCGGGCAUGGGCAAGAAGAGUGCAAUGCUGGACCCCAACACCACUCUGGACCAGGAGGAGGUCCAGCAGCACAAAGAUGGCAAGCCGCCUUACAGCUACGCCAGCCUCAUCACCUUCGCCAUCAACAGCUCGCCUAAGAAGAAGAUGACCCUGAGCGAGAUCUACCAGUGGAUCUGUGAUAACUUCCCCUACUACAGGGAGGCAGGCAGCGGCUGGAAGAACUCAAUACGGCACAAUCUGUCAUUGAACAAGUGUUUUCUCAAAGUGCCUCGCUCCAAAGAUGACCCAGGAAAGGGCUCCUACUGGGCCAUAGACACCAACCCAAAGGAGGACGCCCUGCCCACACGGCCAAAGAAGAGGCCGCGGUCCGGAGAGCGAGCUUCCACACCGUACACCCUGGAGUCGGAGUCUUUGGGAAUGGACUGUAUGAUCUCUGGAAGUGCCUCUCCAACUCUGGCAAUCAACACUGUGACUAACAAGGUGGCAUUAUACAACCCAGACCAGGAUGGGAGUGACAGCCCAAGAAGCAGCCUUAACAACAGCCUGUCUGACCAGAGUCUGGCCUCCGUCAAUUUAAACAGUGUGGGCAGCGUGCACAGCUACACACCGGUGACUAACCACCCAGAGCCAGUGUCUCAGUCGAUGAGCCUCCAGCAGCCCCAGUACAACAUGCCAGAGAGGGACAAGCAGCUCCUCUUCUCCGACUUUGAAGAUCUCAGUGCCUCUUUCCGCAGCCUUUACAAGUCUGUCUUUGGGCAGUCCUUCAGCCAACAGGGUUUGAUGGGCAUGCCAACGGAAUCGUCCCAACAGACCCACACCUCCUGCUCCUAUCAGCACUCACCCAGUGGCACCAUUAGCACCCAGAACAGCCUGACAAACAACCACUCCAGCAGCGGUGGCCAGGUGCCUCUGUCCCACCCUCCCCAGCUCCCUGGCCAGAACGCCCACCCGGGCCAUGGCUCGCCACACACACAGCACAUCUCCCAGCACGGCCCACACAACCAACAUGGCCAGCACAACCAACACGCCCAACACACCCAGCACCAGCACCCCCAUCACCCUGCACACUCCCAGCAUGGUCCGCACCCAUCGCAGCACGCCCAGCAGCAGCACACGCCGCACCCCUCCCAACACGCACAGCACACCCAGCACCCCUCCCAACACUCCCAGCAGCACAGCCAGCACCCCUCCCAGCAGCAGCAUCAGACUCUGGCUCACCAGCCCCAUCCUGCCCAGCAACAGAUGGCCUGCAACACGGGUCUGCCCUCUGACUGGUACCCAAAUCUGGACGCACUGAAAGAGAGCUGCCGUAUUGCCAGCAGUUAUAACUGGGCUGAUGUCGACCUCUCACCUUUUCAAGGACUGAAGGAGAGCAUGAGACUAGCAGAGCAGAACAACUGGGCCCUGGAGCCCACACAGAUCGCAGAUCUCUGCUCAUCUAUCAACCAGUUCUUCGCCCGCACCGGCGUCAUUCAGCCACAGGGGGCAGUGCAGCCCGUACCCGUAUGCCAUGGUUCCAUGCACCCCAACAAGCCCAGCCAGCACAUGGCCACAGGAAAUCUCUACAUGGACUCAAGACAGAGCAUGUCUAUGAUGGGCCCCCCAGGAUACCCCCACAUGCCCCCAAUGAGCAGCGCAGGUCCCACAAUGACAGGACACCAUGCGCAGAUGAACCAGCAGCACAUGAUCUCUCCCAGAAACUUCCAGAUGCACCGCAUGCCAGCUGAUGACAUCCAGGAUGACUUUGACUGGGACUCCAUUGUCUAAUGUUAGAUGUUCUGCCCCUAACGAGGAACGGUCAGGUGGUGCAGAGCAGGUGGAAGUAGGAGGAAGAAGCCAGGCUGAGCUGUACGCUCUAGCGAGGAGACUGACUGUUGCUGGUGGGAUACAGAACAGAAGAGCAGGUGUCGUUUUGGGAGGAUAGAGGGAGAGACUUCAGAGUGCUGCCAUUUUUACAAACAAAAUGAAACAUACAAAAUAAAGGUUACUUUGAAGACAAUCAUAUUUACUAGGACAUGUUUAAGUGGUGGCUUAUGUGCUUGUCUUGACCAGGCAAGUAGCACACGUUCAUGUCAAAACAAAUCCUCCAGUCCUCGUUCCUCAGCCAGCCCUCUCCCAUCCCCCUCCCAGACAGCAGCUUUCCAAAGUUCCCCCAGCUCCCUCCGUAACUGUUGUGAUUUGAGCGACUUGUUCCGCUUGUUAUCCUUCUCGUGUUGACUUCAGGCCUCAGCUGCCUCUUGGAUGAGUUUGUCUCUCUUUAUUCGUUUUUAUUAUUUUAUGGAAAACGCAGGCCGCCUGUGGUGCUUGUUGGUCAGCUUUGGGUGGACGAUGGAUCCCCAAUAGUGGGUUUAUUGGUAGAAAGGUUAGGCUCCCCAAUAGUGGGUUUACUGGUAGAAAGGUUAGGCUCCCCAAUAGUGGGUUUAGUGGUAGGAAGGUUAGGCUCCCCAAUAGUGGGUUUAGUGGUAGGAAGGUUAGGCUCCCCAAUAGUGGGUUUAGUGGUAGGAAGGUUAGGCUCCCCAAUAGUGGGUUUAGUAGUAGGAAGGUUAGGAUCCUCAAUAGUGGGUUUAGUGGUAGGAAGGUUAGGCUCCCCAAUAGUGGGUUUAGUGGUAGGAAGGUUAGGCUCCCCAAUAGUGGGUUUAGUGGUAGGAAGGUUAGGCUCCCCAAUAGUGGGUUUAGUGGUAGGAAGGUUAGGCUCCCCAAUAGUGGGUUUAGUAGUAGGAAGGUUAGGCUCCCCAAUAGUGGGUUUAGUGGUAGGAAGGUUAGGCUCCCCAAUAGUGGGUUUAGUGGUAGGAAGGUUAGGCUCCCCAAUAGUGGGUCUAUUGGUAGGAAGGUUAGGCUCCCCAAUAGUGGGUCUAUUGGUAGGAAGGUUUACAAUAACUGAGGUUAUGUUUUGAACAGGGUGUUUUGCAUUGAACUAGGCUUCACAUAAAGAACACAAAUGCUUUAUCAUACAGCAUUGUCCUUUUAACCAACACAUCUGGCCCAUAAAAAUAAACCUAAUUGUGUACAUUCAGAAACAUUACAGGCAGUAUUUGUUGUGGUUUUGUGUCUAUUCUGUCAACAAUGUCAUACCUUUAUCUCCAAUACUCCAACAAGACUGAAACUGGUAGAUGAAUUCCAGACCUCAUCACCUUUUUUUCCCCACCUUUGUCUGGCUUUUUUUUCCUUUGUCAAAAUAAUAAUUAGACUGAAAGUAGUCUCAUUCUCAAUCACUACAUCCUUCCACUGGUCCCGCAAUCAAUGAGAUUGAUUAUAAUUUCCCUGUACCUGUGUAUUAAGGGAAUAGUUUGUAGUUAAUACACAAAAUGAAUGAGUACAAGUAUACGCCUGUAGGUGUCUAUUCAUUAUAUUAAACUCAGUGUAAAUGCAGCACAAUGAACUGUAGGAUAUUUUCCUGUUAUCUUCUGAUGCAGGAAAUGUACUGAUUUAAAUCAAUUACUACAAGCAAUAGGAAUGUUCUUCAUUCAGAUGCUAUACGUCUGAAGUCAUCAGAAUUGAUCUCCCAAAUAUCUUCUUGGUUGUGACCGUCAGACUUACACUGUAAGGCAGAAAAUAUGCUGAAAUACGAUAUAAAAAGGGAACGAGGUGUGUGUGUGUUGCCCUAAAAUUACAAUCAUCUGCAUAUGCUAUCAACGAGCACAAAACAGAUGCAUAAAAAAGAGAUGAAAGCAAGGGUUCAAGGCAGAUGUGCGUUUUGCAGGCAGCGUUUCUUAUGUUGAGAAAUGAGCUCUAUCUGGUCAACAGCCAGGUGGAGAUGGAGGAUGGGAGACUUGAGGUUCUGGAAACACUCCUGUCCUCUCUGUCCCUCUUUGGCGCCUUAAUCAGACUGGCCCUGAACCCUCAUCAUGGUGCUGCGUUGAACCUAUAUGGGAGCUUUGUCUGGAUAGAGCACAGUUCAUCUUCCCUUUUUAAUUUGUUCCUCCACUAUUGGCCCCUUAGAUAAACUAAAUCUGUGGCUGGAUUUUGUUUUACUCCAUUUCUGAAAAUGUUUAGUUUUUUUAAACAAACAAAAAUCAUGACAUUGUUUUGUAAUAUCACAUAAACACCACUGGGCCAGACACCAAAAUGUCUCUUGUGACAGUGUACAUGUGUAGAUACUGAACCGCCAUUGUCCUUUUGAAACAGGAGGCAGAAGACAAGAAGGGAAGCUUGGCUGAAGCUAGUGCUAGCUCUUCUCACAGCUAGCUAUACUGCCAGGCAUAUCUGCAAGGUUUCACAGAUCUUUUAGCAGCCAGUUCGUUAAUACUGCCCAUUGUUUUGAUCUUAAAUGUUUUUUUGUUUCUUUUCCUCCAUCUUUUUCCUUUUCUUACUUCUGCUACUUUUACCUGUACCGGAUUUUCGGUUAGAUUCCCAAAUGUUCAUUGUAUUUGAAAGCGUUGUGUGUGGCUGAUUGUCUUGCCUGUGGAUACCCAUUGAGUGUUUAGGCUUUGUUUAAUGGCCAAAAUCAGUCAGUCAGUCAGUCAGCCAGCCAGCCAUUUAAAGCACAGUCUGAUUGCUCAUUCAGUUAAAAAGCCACGAUCACUUAAGAUUGUCCACCAUUGAGCCCUUCAUUAGUGAAGGAGGACUACUUUAUGGAGAAGAGAUCAGUGUAGCGAUUUUGAAUUGACCAUUUGAUUGCUAGUUGAAGUCAGCGUGGGUGCUACAGACUCUGGGACUGACCUAAGGAAUGGCUGUUUAGAGGGACACGGUGAGAAUGUGGAUAUAAAAGUGAUAGGGAAGUCUUGGCAGCCCAUGGUUUUGUAUGUUGCAUUUCAUCACUGGUAAUGAUGAGGGCACUAAUGAAAAACUCUCAGACAAACGUAGGGUAUGUAGUAAAUCCACCCCCACAGCUCAGGAGAUGGGAUGGGCUGGAAAGAGCUCAUGGAUGUGAUCAGAGGUAAAGAGGAAGGGAAAGACAAUGACUGGAUCACCCUCUUCACUGUGUGUGCUUGUGUGUCUGUGUGCGAGUGAGUACAUUUUGUUUAAAAAGACAAUUCAAUUUUUUAAAUACUGCUGGAGAUGUACCUGCCAGAGAGAUUACUAUGAUAUGAAAAAAGAAAAUAAGCCUUGUUCGCUUGUUACAUUACGGAGAAAACUGCCAAGAAGUACUGCUGAUUGAGGCCUAUUUUAUUCAGUGCUGGUGUGUUGUUGUGCUUCUUGUAAAUAAAUGUCUUUUCAAUCAUCCCUUUUUCCUCUUGUGGGCGGGACAUCAAGGCAAGGGGUUGGUCUUACUCAUGAAAGAGGGAAAAGAAUAGAGUAUUUUGUUAUUGUCCAAUCAGAGGGUGAGACCGUAUGUGUAUAUAUCUAUAUUGUAUAUAUGUGAUGAAAAUGUGUUGGCUUUUUGUGACACUACCUUUUACCUGUACUAUGGUUCUACAUUCAGUGUUUCAAUGUUGAUAAUAUAUAUUUUGUUAUGUUUUUCAGAUUUUGUCUUUGUCAUUUCUUGUAUUUGUUUUCUUUUUCUCCUUUUUGUCCUCUUGGUUAUUGCACGGUUUAUUACUUUUGCUGUCCAAUGAGGUGAUACAGCUACUCUUUGUAUUGGUUUAGUGCUGUAAAAUAACUUGUUAUUAGAGUUGUCGAUACCACCCCCAUCCCCAAUAUGCAUGAAUGGCACUUAAACAAAUAAAAUGUUAACUUCA